AUGGACAAGAAGCUUUCGGAGCAAAAAGGCACAGCGUUUGAAGUUGAAAAGUCUAAAAACCGAGACGAACUGCUAUCACGAAGAAAUCAAUACAAUCGAUUUAUAAUCAAUGCGACCGUAUUCUUGUUCGGACUCAUUUGCCUUCUGGCAUACACCGAAGUCAGCGAGUAUAUUGUGACCUAUGAUAGAUCCGAGGGUCUGGGACUCUUCUUCGCAAUGUCCGUCGGUCUGCACUGUGCCAUCGUGAAAGAUAUCGCCAUUGUGGUCAUCCUCAUUUUCUACAAAACUCCUCGAGCACUGGCCGCUGUUCGAAACGCUUCGGUACUAUACUAUACACUUUUCUAGGCAAUAAAAUUGAAAUUUCCAGAAAUACUCUCCAAUAAUCGUCGUGAUAGUCACAAUUAUUGUGGCGUGCACCGGCGAGAACGGUACAAAUAUGGAUAUCUUAAAAUGUGUAGCUCCCAUGUUUUUCUUCAGUACGUACACAAUUUUAGGUGCCUCGAAAAAUAUCGUUUCUUUCAGUCACCGUCAUCCAGUACCUGUUCGUCGUGGUGUUCUUGAAGAAUUCUGAAAUCGUCGAAGAUCGCGUGAAGCUCGCCAAUGACGAUGAUAAUUUUGUCUGA